AUGGCACUCUCUCUCUAUCUCCUCUACUUUUUAGUUCUUGCCAUAGUCUCCAUAAUUUUCCUUAACCUGUUCAAAAAGUCAAACUCCAAACUUCCUCCGGGCCCUCCAAAGCUUCCGAUCAUCGGAAACUUGCAUCAGCUCGGAGAAUUGCCGCAUCAGUCUCUAUGGAGACUCUCCAGAAAGUAUGGUCCUGUGAUAUUUAUGAAGCUUGGUACAGUCCCAACGAUCGUAGUUUCUACUCCUGAAACAGCAAGACAAGUGCUAAGAGUCUUUGAUCUCAAUUGUUGUAGCCGUCCGUCACUGGCAGGCUCAAAGAAGCUCUCUUACAACUACCGUGACAUCGCCUUUUCUCCAUUUAAUGAUUACUGGAAAGAAGUAAGGAAGAUUGGUGUUCAGGAACUCUUCAACAUUAAACGAGUUCAAUCGAUGGAACCUAUCAUGUAUGAGGAGAUGAGCAAAAUAAUAGACUCAUUCUCCGAAUCAGCCUCUACAAAAACUCCGGUCAACUUGAGUGAGAAGUUUCUUUCUUUAACUGCAGGCGUGAUGUGCAAGGCAUCAUUUGGUGUGAGUUUCCAGGACACUGUGCUUAACAGCGAGAGAUUCAAUGAGUUAAUCCCUGAGGCACUCAAGAUUUUAGGGAGCUUCUCUGCCUCAGAUUUUUAUCCUUAUGUAGGCUGGAUCAUGGAUCGAUUCACUGGCUUACACAAACUGAGAGAGAGAAGCGCAAGAGAUCUUGAUGCCUUCUGUGAACAGAUGAUUAAUAUGCAUUUAAAGAAAGACAAAGAAGAAAAUGAAGAUUUUGUGGACCUUCUCUUGAAGUUGGAGAAGGACCAAGUUGUUCUUGGACAUGAAAAAUUCACAAGAGACAAUAUCAAAGCAAUCUUGAUUAACAUUCUUCUGGCGGGAAUCGAUACUGCUGCAAUAACAAUGACAUGGGCAAUGACGGAGCUCUCCAGGAACUCUCGACUAAUGAAGAAAGUUCAAUCCGAAAUCCGAGAAAAAUUUGGAGACAAAGAAAUAAUCAGCUUAGAAGAAACAGAUGAGCUCGAGUACUUGAAUAUGGUGGUCAAAGAAACAUGGAGGCUACAUCCUCCAUCACCUCUUCUGAUUCCAAGAGAAGUAAAGACUGAGUUUGAGAUCAAUGGCUACACGAUUCCAGUCAAUACACGGCUACAAGUGAAUGCUUGGGCUAUCGGGCGUGAUCCCGAUGCCUGGAAAGACCCGGACGUGUUUCUCCCAGAGAGGUUCGUUGAUAGUGACAUUAAUGCAAAAGGACAGUACUUUGAGCUGUUACCGUUUGGGGGUGGCCGGAGAAUAUGUCCAGCAAUUUACAUGGGGACUAAAAUGGUUGAUUUUGGUCUGGCGAAUCUUCUGAAUCGGUUUGACUGGAAGUUACCAGAAGGAAUGAAAGCUGAGGAUAUGAAGAUGGAAGAAGCUCCAGGACUCACUAUUAACAAGAAACAUGAUCUUCUACUUAUUCCUGUUAAGCUUUAA